GGACUGUCCAUAAUUUUAAAGGGUGCUUCGAGACUGUCCAUCAUUUUAAAGGGUGCCUCGGGACUGUCCAUCAUUUUAAAGGAUGCCUCGGGACUGUCCAUCAUUUUAAAGGAUGCCUUGGGACUGUCCAUAAUUUUAAAGGGAUGCCUCGGGACUGUCCAUCAUUUUAAAGGGUGCUUCGGGACUGUCCUUCAUUUUAAAGGGUGCUUCGGGACUGUCCAUCAUUUUAAAGGGUGCUUCGGGACUGUCCAUCAUUUUAAAGGGUGCAUCGGGACUGUCCAUCAUUUUAAAGGGUGCCUCGGGACUGUCCAUCAUUUUAAAGGGUGCCUCGGGACUGUCCUUCAUUUUAAAGGGUGCCUCGGGACUGUCCAUCAUUUUAAAGGGUGCCUCGGGACUGUCCAUCAUUUUAAAGGGUGUCUCGGUACUGUCCUUCAUUUUAAAGGGUGCUUCGGGACUGUCCAUCAUUUUAAAGGGUGUCUCGGGACUGUCCUUCAUUUUAAAGGGUGCCUCCGGACU